UUGAUUUCAUCGUGGCUCUUGUUGCCCCCGGUGAGAAAAGCAUUUUUAAAACACUUCUCAUGGUGAUUUUCUUCUCCAAACUAUCGUUGAAGUGAUUGUUCUUCGCGGCAUCUGAUUCGUAUUGUGUAUUUUCGCUAAAUAACAAGUCACUGUUUAUUUUUUUUCCUCCGAUCAUCAAUUUCGCCACAUCUGAUGACAAACUUACGUUGUUUACAUACAAAGGCCCUUCUGGAGCUGAUGUUUGGAGUGAAGAUUGUUGUGACUGGCGACAAAGCACCCAAGGGUGAGAAUGCUGUCAUCAUCAUGAACCACAGAUGUCGCCUGGACUGGUUGUUCUUUUGGAGUGUUGUGGCUCGAUACGGCGAGCUAAAACACGAGAAGAUUAUAAUGAAACAUGAACUGAAACAUAUUCCUGGUCCAGGUUGGGCCAUGCAGAAUGCCUUGUAUAUUUUCUUGAAACGUCGCUGGGAACAAGACGAGAGCUAUCUUAAUUCAGUUCUUAGUUAUUUUGUGAAUUAUUCAGACUGUUUACAACUGCUUUUGUUUCCUGAGGGUACUAAUUUUGAAGAUGUAAGUAAACAAAAGAGUGAUUCUUUUGCAAAGAAAAACAAUCUUCCCUUCUAUGACUAUGUGCUACAUCCUCGUGUUCGUGGCUUUACCUACUGUGUAGAGAAACUGCGUCAAGGGAAACUUGAUGCUAUCCAUGAUGUUACUGUAGGCUAUUCUGAAAAUUAUUGCUUUGAAGAACUCGAUCUUCUUCGAGGAAAUGUACCAAGUGAAAUCCACUUUCAUAUUCAGCGUUUCUCUGAUGAGGAGCUUCCGCAAGACUCGCAAGGUCUUGAGGAAUGGUGUUGUAAUCAGUGGAAAGACAAAGAGGACAGAUUGAAAAGAUUUUAUACUGAGGGCAAGCAGUUUGGUGCCCCUUCUGAGUUGGCUCAGGGAAAACAGGAUGAAGUUGAAACAGCAGUCAGGUUUCUGUUUCUAAAAGGCCUCAUAUUCUGGCUGGUGUUUAGCAUCAGUGUCUCAUUUCUGAUGUACAUCUCGGCACUGGUAAGGUGGUAUGUCCUCCUGUUUGGAGCUGUGUUUACUUUGUUGUCACUUUGUGGCGGAACGGAUAAAAUAUUUCUUCAGCAAAGCCAGAAGCCUUUAAAUAUCAAGACCAAGUGAGGAAGGUGAAGAACAUGAACUAGGAAAUUUUAUCAGUUCCUUUAUUUUGAAUAAUUAUGCCCUUCACAGAGCAGUUUUCAAUUGAGCGUCGUAAAACCAAAACCAAACCAA